AUGACGAGACCGACGCUUACGAACAUCAAUGGUGCCUCCUUCACGGUGGUCGUUCCACCAGGAUGGUUCACUACUGUCAGCGCGAUUAGCAGGCGCACUUACAAUCAGCUUGUUACCUGUGCUUACAAGGUCGAAGGAGACACCAGGGCCGAGUACCUUGCUAACCAAUGGGGCAACCCCAACCAGGCAAUGCGCGAUACCACGUCCUCUAUGGAUUCUAUCGCUAUCAUUCCUCAGGAUGAGACAGUGACCAUGGACUUCAGCGUCUACCACCACACCAGGUCUAAUGUCUCUGGCGAGGACUUGGAAAGCCCGAAGUAUAGAAGCAACAGGAUCAACGUCCUUACUUCUGAGAAACCGGCCAACGCUCCCCAAGGUUUCCCUGACUAUGUCACAUUUGCAGUGAUGGUUGAGGAUGGCUCGGUCGCUCUUCCUCCCAGUAGUCCCGAAUAUGACGACGUUGUCAUCGCUAUCAACGUCAUGGAAGGCGGAGCCAACCCUGGCGGGGAUCCCAAGCCAAAGCCGUCUCCCUACAACCUCCCCAACAUUCAAGGCGAUAUUCUACCUGCAAUGCCAAAGGCGUUGGAACACUUCUACUACUUCCGCAUUACCAACCUACCCGUUUUCAGGAAGGUCAUGAAGGACUUCGUCAUCCCCAAGAUCACCACUGCGGAUAAACUGGUGAACGACCCACCCCCACCUAUCAAUCCCAGGGACCCCAAUAGCUUCAAAUACCCGUGGCUGGGUGUCAAUGUCGGCUUCACUCAUCUCGCCAUGAGGAUGUUCGGCUUGAGCGACAACCUCGGCGAUAUCGCCUACGAGAAAGGUCAACAACAAGACUCGAAGGAACUCGGCGAUGCAGGUACCCAGCGCGGCAACUUCUGGACUCCCAGCUGGGAUGGUGCCUUCAAGGAAGAUAUCCACGGCAUCUUCCUUAUCGUUGCUUACAACAACGACGUAGCCCAGAAAUUCAUCGACGAGCUGGAGGCUGCGUUCAAGUACACGCCUUCGAGAUCUGCCAUCCACAAGGUGGUCAAGAUCCACGGGUUCCCUCGUCCAGAGCCGGAGGAUCGAAACGAUCACUUUGGUUAUCGAGGCGGGAUGUCCAACCCCCAGGUCGCUGGCGUUACGUUCAAGGACAAAAUGAGGUAUCCUGGCUCCCCUCUCAUUCCCAUGGGUGUCAUCGUCAUGGGAUACGACGGUGACGAGGACAAGGACAAGCGACCCGCCUGGGCCAAGGACGGCGCCUUCAUGGUCACCCGCAAGUUAAACAACCUCGUCCCCGAAUUUGACGACUUCCUAUUGCAACAUGGGCCCAGGAUCUUCCCCGAGCUUAAGCCUCAAGAGGCUGCGGAUAAGCUCGGUGCUCGCCUCUUUGGCCGGUGGAAGAAUGGCACGCCGACUGAGCUUUCCCCUGACCACAAUGACCCUGACAUCGCCAAGGAUGAUAACAGGAUUAAUAACUUUACCUUUGAUCAAUCCAAAGGUCAAUCUCGGUGCCCAUUCGCCUCUCAUAUGCGCAAGUCCAACCCGCGUAACGACGUGUCUCCUGUGGAAUCUGCGUUCAAGCACUUCGUUCGCCGUCAUAACAUGCCAUACGGCCCUGAAAUCACCGAUGAAGAAAAGGACGGGAACGGCACCAUUUACGAGCGCGGUCUUCAUGUCGUCUGCUACCAAAGCAGCAUUGUCCGAGGCUUCAAGUUCAUUCAAGAGGGCUGGUACAACGACCCCAACUUCCCGCCCAACAAACCCGUCACCCCAGGUCUCGAUCCCAUCUUUGGCCAAACUGGCAAGGAAGAAGAGGGCGACCAUCGUUCCAUGAGCGGUGCAAACCCGACUCUGGAGCAGGAAAUUAUGACUUUCCCUCACAAGUUCAUUGAUCCUCGUGGGGGAGAGUAUUUCUUCUCGCCUUCGAUUUCGACUUUGAAGACGUAUAUCGCUGCUUGA